GUGAGCUGCAGCUGAGCUGAGCUGUGUAUGUAUGUAUGUGUGCGUGCUGUAGAAGAUGGCGUGCAGAGGAUGCUUGUGUUGUAAAUUCUGCUGCAAUGAAGGCGAAACCAGAACACCAGAGGAGCUGACAAUACUGGGUGAAACCAGAGAUGAUGAUGAUGAUGAUGAAAUACUGCCAAGAAAAGACUAUGAGAGUUUGGAUUAUGACCGGUGUAUUAAUGAGCCAUACUUGGAGGUUUUGGAGGGGUUAAACAAUAAGAAAGCUAGGAAGUAUGAAGCAAUAAAGUGGGUUUUGGUAUUUGCAAUCGGCGUGUCCACAGGACUGACUGGCCUGUUUGUUGAUUUCUUCGUGCGGCUAUUCACUCAGCUCAAGUUCAGUUUGGUUGGACGAUCUGUGGAGGAAUGCAGUGAGAAUGGCUGUUUGGCUCUCUCAUUACUGGAGCUUCUCGCUCUCAAUAUGCUGUUCAUAUUUAUCGCCAGUGUUCUGGUGCUCAUUGAGCCUGUGGCAGCUGGGUCAGGUAUCCCAGAAAUUAAAAGCUACCUGAAUGGAGUAAAGAUUCCCGGUAUUGUGCGGCUGAGGACUUUCGUAUGUAAAGUCACAGGAGUGCUGUUUGCUGUUGCUGGAGGGUUGUUUGUUGGUAAAGAGGGACCAAUGAUCCACAGUGGAGCGAUAGUAGGGGCGGGGCUUCCUCAGUUUCAGAGCAUUACAUUCAAAAAGAUUCGAUUUCACUUUCCCUAUUUCCGUAGUGACAGGGAUAAGAGGGAUUUUGUGUCGGCGGGUGCAGCGGCUGGAGUUGCAGCUGCCUUCGGCGCACCCAUCGGAGGCACACUCUUCAGUCUGGAGGAGGGCUCGUCUUUCUGGAACCAGGCCCUCACAUGGAAAGUGCUAUUCUGCUCCAUGUCUGCAACUUUCACUCUCAACUUCUUCCGUUCUGGAAUCAACUACAAUAAAUGGGGAUCAUUCCAGCUGCCUGGCCUGCUCAAUUUUGGAGAGUUCAAGUGUCUAGAUGGAGAUAAGACGUGUCAUUUGUGGACAGCAGUAGAUUUGGCAUUUUUUGUAUUAAUGGGUGUGGCCGGAGGUCUGCUCGGCGCACUGUUCAACUGCAUUAACAAACGACUCGCAAAAUACCGCAUGAGAAACGUGCAUCCCAAAGCAAGAUUCGUCAGGGUUUUGGAGAGUCUGUUGGUGUGUAUGGUGACCACACUAGUGAUCUUCAUUGCCUCUGUGACUCUUGGGGAGUGUCGAGAUUUAGUCCCCACUAUGACUAACUCAUCACAGGGAUCUGUAAAUGAGGAGAACUCAACCAUUCGACAAUUCUUCUGCUACAACAACACGUAUAAUGACAUGGCUACUCUGUUCUUCAACCCUCAAGAAGUGGCAAUUCACCAGCUCUUCCAUCAGAAUGCUACAUUUAGUCCGGUCACCCUGUCACUGUUCUUUGUGUUGUAUUUUUUUCUGAGUUGUUGGACAUACGGUGUCUCCGUCCCAAGUGGUCUGUUUGUGCCGUCUCUUCUCUGUGGAGCAUCGCUAGGACGCUUGUUGGCCAAUGUCCUCAAAAUAAAUUUCCAUAUGCAAAUAUAUUCUGGGACCUUUGCUUUAAUUGGAGCAGCUGCCUUCCUUGGAGGUGUGGUCAGAAUGACCAUCAGCCUGACGAUCAUCCUAAUCGAAUCCACCAAUGAGAUCACAUACGGACUUCCCAUCAUGAUCACGCUGAUGGUGGCGAAGUGGACAGGAGAUUUCUUUAAUAAGGGAAUAUAUGAUAUUCAUAUUCAUCUAAAAGGAGUUCCUCUGCUAGAGUGGGAAACAGAAGUCGAGAUGGACAAACUGACAGCUAGUGACAUAAUGGAGCCCAAUCUGACAUAUGUGUAUCCUCACACUCGUAUUCAGUCUCUGGUCAGCAUCCUGAGGUCCACAGUCUAUCAUGCCUUCCCUGUCGUCACCGAGAACAGAGAGAACGAGAAGGAGUUCAUGAAGGGAAAUAUCCUUAUAAGCAACAAUAUCAAAUUCAAGAAAACCAGCGUGUUGACACGUGCGGGUGAACAGAGGAGGAGGUGUCAGUCGAUGAAAUCAUACCCUUCCAGUGAGCUGCGUAAUGUGUGUGACGAGCAGGUUGCCGUGGAGCUGGCUGAGGAAGGCCAGGACAUCCUUCAACAGAUGCUGGAGAGGAGACAUGUUCCGUACCCGAACCUUAACCCUGACCAGUCUCCCAGUGAGGAUUGGACUUUGGAGGAGAGGUUCCGCCCGCUCACCUUUCAUGGGCUCAUCCUUCGAUCACAGCUCGUCAACUUACUGAUCCGUGGCGUCUGCUAUGCCGAGAACCAGUCGAGUGCCUCUCAACCACGACUCUCUCAUUCAGAGAUGACAGAGGACUACCCACGAUUCCCUGACAUCCAUGAUCUUGACCUGGCUCUUCUCAACCCACGCAUGAUUGUGGAUGUGACUCCUUACAUGAACCCCUGUCCAUAUACUGUCUCUCCAAAUACACGCGCCUCCCAAGUGUUCAACCUUUUCAGGACAAUGGGGCUCAGACACUUGCCUGUAGUCAAUGCAGUGGGAGAGAUUGUUGGAAUAAUCACCAGACACAAUCUCACCCAUGAGUUUUUAGUUGCUAAACUCCGACAACAUUACAUCACAAUCUAAGACGCCAGCCGUGCCGUCUGCGAACAAGCCUGCAACCUCGAGUUACGGCUCAUGUGAGAUGAGCGGAGCAUUCUAGGGACCCAAACCUGAGACUAGAUCCACUUCGGACCUGAAACCUUUCCUAGUUACUGUUUGAACCACUUGGGUUUGGUACUUCAACCAUCCAUAAACAAAUACACACACACACACAUCCAUCAUGAUAACACUAAUGCAGGUGAGGUACCUUUAAUCAACACAUUUCAGCACAGCAUCCUGGAUAUCCAAUACUGAAAAUGCUUGCUGCCUAAGCUUUACCAACUUCACUGUAGCACUUUUCAUUUUCAUUUUGAGUUCUGAAUAUUUUAAACCAUGUGCACCAUUUCUGUGUAUUUAUGAAAGUUUGCUUUUGCACAAAGAGUGACAUGAACCACUAGAUCAAGAUGAUCUUUUUUUCUGGGAACACCUUCCUGUCAGUUAGGAAAAGCAUCCAGAUGCGGCAUUGAAGUAUUAGAAGGCCUCUUUUAUUUUUUUAGGAACCAUCCAUAAAAUAUAUGCAUAUGUUCAUAGAUGAUAAUUUCAGUUAAUCAUGUCGUUAUGUAUAAUGACUUUGACUUUUUUUCUAGCGACAGAUUUGUUCUGUUUUGAUAUAUAGUGUAAGCUGAUUGAAUUCCAGGUUAACAUUUUUGGGUGAAUCUCAUGUAAACGGGUCAUAUUUCACCCCCUAAAUAGCCCAAUUAUUUUUUUAUUUAUUAAGACAUUACAUUUUGCAUAAAGAAAAUCAAUCCUAUUUCAGGACCAUUAAGAUGUUUUGCAUUGUAAAAUUAUUUCCAUGACAUGUAAGUACAUUUUAACCCCAAAUACAGUAAAAAAAAAGAUUGUAAUACAAUUUUUAAAUCGGUAUAAAUAAUAAUGAAGAACCAUUAAUUUUGUGGCAUUAUGUUAUAAAUUUUUUGCAGGAAAAAAUAUAAUCUACACGUAAUGGCACAUAUUUUGUCCAUUCCGUUGACAUGCCCUGGUAUUAUCGACCUCAGUUUAUCAGGGAUGAAAAUUCUCAGGGUGUGUUUGCAAUGAACUAAUCAAACCACCAUAAAAUCACAUUCCAGAUGGGAAUCUGAAUUACAGGGACAUGAUAGUAAUAUGCUUUUUUUUUUUGGUAAUGUAACAUAACAUCCACUGUUACUGUAACUUACAGUCAUGAUAUUUGUGUCAUAAGAUUAUUGUGGUUUGAUGCAGCUUUUUGAUUUCAAGGGACUUUUAAAAGCAGACUAAAUAGUAUUGGAAGAAAUUAUGGCACGUUUGUACACCAAGAAUUUCUUAUUUUAUAUUGUUCAUCAUAAUUUCCUUUUUUAUUAUUAUAUUAUUUAAGAUGGAUUCCACUGAGUAUAUUUUUUUCAAGCAUAUGCUGCAAAUAAUGUUAAUGCUUUUAAAAUAUCAAUUAUCUAUAUUGCCUUUUAUUAUUAUUAUUAUUGAAGAGAACCGAUUGUUAGUUUUAUUUGAUGUGUCUUUUAAAAUGUAUGUUUUCUAACAUACUGUUUAUUUAUUUGCUUUCUCUGUUAACUGAGUAUGCUGCCCGGUGUGGAGAGUUGACUAAAUCUACCAUCCGUCUGUUAUAAGAACGUCAUAAAGCAUCAUGUUAACAUUAUCUGAUAUUGUCAUACUUAUCUUUCUAAUCUCAAUACUCUGUUAUCAUGGCAUGUGUCAUGGGGGUCAGGUAAUGGAUUUAAAUAUAUACACUUCUAAGACUUGAAAUGAUGGGUUUAAUAAUUUUUAUUGAAUUAAUCUGAAUUGGCUGAAUUUACAUAAAUCCAAUCAAUCUGAACCUUAAACAGUGCAAGGAACAAGUGUACAAGAAGGUACAGAUCAAUGAAGAACUGUUUAAAAGUUUAGCCAUUAACAAAACAUUUACUUUAAACUUGAUUUAUACAUUGAUUACUUACACAAUGGCAAGGAAAUGAACAGGAUGCCCAACAGGAUGGAGCCAAACUAGGUGAAAAUAAAGAGCUAAAGCCAUUGCUCAGUGAUUGAGUGCUCUAGUGAAAGUUUGCUUACAUGAGUGUCAACUUAAAUGUAAUAUAUACAGUUGAAGUCAGAAGUUUACAUACACCUUAGCCAAAUACAUUUAAACUUAGUUUUUCACAAUUCCUGACAUUCAAUGUAGAAAACAUUCCCUGUCUUAGGUCAGUUAGUAUCACUAUUUUAAGAAUGUGAAAUGUCAGAAUAAUAGUAGAGAGAAUGAUUUAUUUCAGCUUUUAUUUCUUUCAUCACAUUCCCAGUGGGUCAGAAGUUUACAUACACUUUGUUAGUAUUUGGUAGCAUUGCCUUUAAAUUGUUUAACUUAGGUCAAACAUUUUGGGAAGCCUUCCACAAGCUUCUCUCAAUAAGUUGCUGGAAUUUUGGCCCAUUCCUCCAGACAGAACUGGUGUCACUUAGUCAGGUUUGUAGGCCUCCUUGCUCGCACACGCUUUUUCAGUUCUGCACACACAUUUUCUAUCGGAUUGAGGUCAGGGCUUUGUGAUGACCACUCCAAUACCUUGACUUUGUUGUUCUUAAGCCAUUUUGCCACAACUUUGGAGGUAUGCUUGGUGUAAUUUUCCAUUUGGAAGACCCAUUUGUGACUGAGCUUUAACUUCCUGUCUUGAGAUGUUGCUUCAAUAAAUCCUCUUUUUCCUUCCUCAUGAUGCAAUCUAUUUAGUGAAGUGCACCAGUCCCUCCUGCAGCAAAGCACCCCCACAACAUGAUGCUGCCACCCCCAUGCUUCACAGUUGGGAUGGUGUUCUUUGGCUUGCAAGCCUCACCCAUUUUCCUCCAAACAUAACAAUGGUCAUUAUGGCCAAAGAGUUCAAUUUUUGUUUCAUCAGACCAGAGGACAUUUCUCCAAAAAGUAAGAUCUUUGUCCCCAUGUGCACUUGCAAACUGUAGUCUGACUUUUUUAUGACACUUUUGGAGCAGUGGCUUCUUCCUUGCUAUGCAGCCAUUCAGGUUAUGUCGAUAUAGGACUCGUUUUACUGUGGAUAUAGAUACGUGUUUGCAUGUUUCCUCCAGCAUCUUCACAAGGUCCUUUGCUGUUGUUCUGGGAUUGAUUUUCACUUUUCGCACCAAACUACGUUCAUCUCUAGGAGACAGAAUACGUCUCCUUCCUGAGCUGUAUGAUGGCGUGGUCCCGUGGUGUUUAUACUUGCAUACUAUUAUUUGUACAGAUGAACGUAGUACUUUCAGGCAUUUGGAAAUUGCUCCCAAUGAUGAACCAGACUUUUUUUUUUCUGAAGUCUUGGCUGAUUUCUUUUGAUUUCCCCAUGAUGUCAAGCAAAGAGGCACUGAGUUUGAAGGUAGGCCUUAAAAUACAUCCACAGGUACACUUCCAGUUCAGUACAUCUCCUAUCUGAAGCGUAUUGGCUAAUUGUCUAAAGGCUUGACAUAAUUUUCUGGAAUAUUCCAAGCUGCUUAAAGGCACAGUUAACUUAGUGUAUGUAAACUUCUGACCCACUGGAAUUGUAAUAUAGUCAAUUAAAAAUGAAACAAUCUGUAAACAAUUGUUGGAAAAAUUACUCAUGUCAUGCAAAAAGUAGAUGUCUUAAACGACUUGCCAAAACUAUAGUUUGCUCAUAUGAAAUCUGUGGAGUGGUUAAAAAAUAAGUUUUAAUGACUUCAACCUAAGUGUAUGUAAACUUCUGGCUUCAACUAAUAUAUAUAUAUAUAUAUAUACACAGUACUGUGCAAAGGUUUUAGGCACUUGUGAAAAAUGAUGCAUAGUGAGGAUGUCUUUAAAAAUAAUGACAUAAAUAG